AUGGAUCCCAAUGGUCCAGGUUUUGUAGCUGCAGACAUUAGGGAGACGGAGAAGCAGAAUGAGGACCUACAGAGAAGAGAAGUGGGCAUAACAACAGAAAGUCAGGUACAUACGGGAGAAAUCGAGAACGAGAAGCUCAAUGCCACUCAUAGCACGCCUGUACCAAGAUCGCCUACUUCGCCCGUCUCGCCAAAGUCGCUAGAAUAUAAUUCAGAAAAGUCGACAGGGAGUUCAGAGGACUUUAGAAAGAUUGACUCAAAGAUACAUGUUAGAGAGGAUGCGCCAGAGGGAGAUGCAGUCUUUGCGCAUCUGCCUAAGGAAGAGCAGGAUAUCUUGAAGCAGCAGGUUGACACCCUGCCUGUACCUGUGAAGUACUUCACCCUCUAUCGGUAUGCCACAAAAUGGGACAAGAUCUUUUUAGUUAUCGCAACACUAUGUGCAAUCGGAGGAGGUGCUGCACUACCUCUUAUGACCGUUGUUUUUGGCAACCUCUCUGGCAGCUUUUCGGGCUACUUCCUAGGCACGUUGUCAGAAAGUUUCUCGACCAUCCUGAACAGAUACGUGCUAUACUUUGUUUAUCUGGCCAUUGGUGAAUUUGUUCUGGUCUACGUGUCAACUGUACUGUUCAUCUAUGUCGGCGAACACAUCACGUCUAAAGUGCGAGAUCGUUACCUCAAGGCUAUCUUACGACAAAACAUCGGAUUUUUUGACAAACUCGGUGCUGGUGAAGUUACCACACGCAUCACAGCAGACACCAAUCUCAUACAGGAAGCCAUUUCAGAAAAAGUUGCCUUGACAUUGAACGGUGUAGCCUCGUUCUUCGCCGCUUUCGUCAUUGGGUUCAUACGCUUCUGGAAAUUGACAUUGAUCUGCAUGUCUACUGUAUUCGCCAUUGUUUUGGUCAUGGGGACUGGAGGUCGCUUCAUGAGUAUGUGGAACAAGAAGUCCCUGGCAGCCUAUGCUACAGGAGGUUCAGUCGCCGAGGAGGUAUUUUCGUCUAUCAGAAAUGCCGUUGCGUUUGGAACUCAGGACAAGCUUGCCAAGUCUUAUGAUAAGCAUCUGAUCGAGGCAAUGCGCUGGGGGGUCAGGAGCAAGAGUAUGAUGGCCGUCAUGAUCGGUUCUUUGUUGUGUUUGAUCUUUCUGAAUUAUGGACUGGCUUUUUGGAUGGGCGGCAGAUUUCUGACAAGUGGGGAAACCGAUCUUGCUCAUAUCCUGACUAUCAUUAUGGCUGUAAUGAUCGGCGCUUUCUCCUUCGGCAACAUCGGUCCUAACGUUCAGCACUUCGUUGCUGGCAUAGCAGCUGGCAACAAAAUCUUCGCUACGAUCGAUCGAAAAUCGCCCUUGGACCCUGAAUCUGACGAGGGUGCGAGGCUCGACCAUGUACAGGGAAAUCUUGAGCUCCGGAACAUCAAGCACAUCUAUCCCUCAAGACCAGAAGUUACAGUCAUGGAGGAUGUCAACCUUUACGUUCCGGCUGGCAAGACAACCGCUCUGGUUGGUGCCUCAGGCUCUGGCAAGAGUACAAUCGUUGGCCUGGUUGAGCGCUUCUACGACCCUGUCGGAGGCCAGGUAUUUCUAGAUGGACACGACGUUAGCACUUUGAAUCUGCGAUGGUUACGCCAACAGGUCGCCCUUGUGCAGCAAGAACCUGUACUUUUCAGUAAAUCUAUCCGCGAGAAUAUCCGUAAUGGACUCAUCGGGUCCAAAUUUGAGCAUGAGAGUGAGGAAGAACAGACAAAGCGAAUUGAGGAGGCUGCAAGGAAAGCAAACGCGCACGACUUCAUAAUGGCAUUGCCAAAUGGGUAUGAAACUCAGGUUGGAGAACGUGGGUUCCUAAUAUCGGGUGGCCAAAAGCAACGUGUAGCGAUUGCUCGAGCCAUUGUCAGUGACCCCAAGAUUCUUUUACUCGAUGAAGCUACCUCAGCACUCGACACGAAGAGUGAGGGAGUUGUGCAGAAAGCCUUGGAUGUAGCAGCAAUCGGCCGUACUACCAUCGUCAUCGCUCAUCGCCUUUCAACCAUCCGUGACGCUGACAACAUUGUGGUUAUGAAGGAUGGUCGUAUCGUUGAGCAGGGCACACAUUCUGACCUUCUCGAGAGUAAUGGCGCAUAUGCCGCACUUGUCUCUGCACAACGCAUACAGAAGAACCAGGACCAACAAGAUGUACCUGCGUUGGAUGAGAAAGCAGCAUUGACAACCGAGUCAGAACUAGACAAGGCUGUAUCCCGAAAAUCCUCUUCUGCUGGCAGCGCAAGUGCUGAUCCAGCGGACAAGAGACCAGGUCUUAGCAGGAACGAAAGCACCAAAGGGUCAAUAUCUGCCAAGGUUCUGGCAGGCAAGAGCAACGACGAUGAUGUCAAAUAUUCUUUAUGGACACUAAUCAAAUUCAUCGGCAGCUUCAACAAGAAGGAAUGGCAUUUUAUGCUGCUAGGACUCUUCUUCAACAUUAUUGCCGGAUCUACACAGCCAGUUCAGGGAAUCUUUUUCGCUAAGGCAAUCGUCGCUCUUUCACAACCAUUAAGCCAAGCGGCUCAAAUUCGACGCGAUGUCAACUUCUGGGCGCUCAUGUACUUGAUGAUUGCGUUUGUUCAGCUGUGCGCUAUGUGGACUCAAGGUAUAUCCCUAGCUAUUUGCAGUGAACGUCUUGUCCAUCGAGCACGAGACAUGGCCUUCCGACAUUUUCUCCGUCAGGACAUUGCUUUCUUUGACAAGGAGGAAAACUCAACUGGCGCCUUGACAUCUUUCUUGUCUACAGAGGCUACUCACCUUUCAGCAUUGUCAGGUGCCACUCUUGGUGUGUUGCUUUCUUGCACAUCUACGCUAGUGGUCGCUAUUUGCGUGUCGUUGGCAAUCGGUUGGAAACUCGCUUUGGUAUGCAUGUGUGCCUUGCCAGUUAUCUUGGGCACUGGGUAUCUCCGUUUCAAGAUCCUUGCGAAAUUUACAGCAACAGCUCAACGUGCCUACAAGAAGUCUGCUGGCUAUGCCUGCGAGCAUACUAAUGCCAUUCGCACUGUUGCCUCCCUGACUAUUGAGGACGAAAUCUACCAGGACUAUCGUUCACAACUCGAUGCUCAAAUCAAAGAGUCUCUGAAAUCUAACCUGAAGAACAGUGUUUGGUACGCCGCUUCUCAAUCCUUCAUGUUCCUUGCUAUUGCUCUUGGUUUCUGGUAUGGUGGUACCCUCAUUAGCAGUGGUGAGUACACCUUGUUCCAAUUCUUCCUCGUCUAUUCGGAAAUCAUCUUUGGUACACAAUCGGCAGGAACAGUCUUCUCCUUCGCUGGUGACAUGUCCAAAGCACGCAAUGCGGCGAAUGAGCUGCGUAAACUCUGGGAUCGACAGCCAACGAUCGACCCGUGGAGCACUGAUGGUGAGAAAGUGGCGGACAUCGAAGGUCACGUCGAGUUCAGAGACGUCCAUUUCAGAUACCCGACACGCCCUGAUGUUCCAGUUCUCCGUGGACUCAAUAUCACUAUCAAGCCAGGACAAUAUGUAGCCCUCGUCGGCGCUUCAGGAUGCGGCAAGUCAACCACGAUCGCGCUCAUGGAACGCUUCUAUGAUCCUCUGGCUGGUGGUGUCUUUGUCGAUGGAAAUGAGGUUUCGCGUCUCGAGCUUAAUGAGUACAGACAUCAUAUUGCUCUUGUAUCACAAGAGCCAACACUAUAUCAAGGUACCAUCAAAGAGAACAUUUUACUAGGUCUCGGUGGAAUGAGCGACGACAAAGUGAGCGACGAGCGUAUAAUACAAGCAUGCAAAGACGCCAACAUAUACGACUUCAUCAUCUCACUACCCGACGGCUUCGCUACUCACGUUGGACAAAAAGCUACAUUGCUCUCGGGCGGCCAAAAGCAACGUAUCGCUAUCGCACGCGCACUCCUACGAAACCCGAAGGUCUUACUGCUUGACGAGGCGACAAGUGCUUUAGACUCUGAAAGUGAGAAAGUUGUACAGGCUGCGCUGGACAAGGCUGCUAAAGGACGAACAACCAUUGCAGUAGCACAUCGGUUGAGCACGAUUCAAGGUGCUGACUGUAUAUUUGUGAUUGACAGAGGUGUCGUCAUUGAAAGUGGAACGCAUCAGGAGCUGAUGAAGAUCAAGGGUGGACGAUAUGGUGAGCUCGUCAGUUUACAGAGUUUGGAGAGAAGGUAG